AUGGACUUCGUGGUGGGAUUACCAAGGAACACCAAGCAGCGUGACUCUGUUUUGGUGAUAGUAGAUAGACUUACAAAAUCUGCUCACUUCUUGCCAGUUAGAACAGUUUAUAAUGUUGAGCAGUACGCAAAGCUUUACAUGGUAGAGAUAGUGAGAUUACAUGGAGUUCUUAAGACGAUAGUCUUCGAUAGAGGAUUCGUUUUCACAUCAAAGUACUUGAGGACUAAAACAUCAUUUUCUUUUGUUUUUGUAGACACAUACUUUCGACCCUUUGCUUUUCUUCUAUCACGACGAUAUGGCAAAGAGAGUACAGUGACAGGUGGCUUCCGAGGCGCAAGAUUCUGGUCCUUUACUAGCAUCCUCCAUUGUGUCCAGCGUGUCAGAGAACUGGUUAUUGGAGUUGUCUAUGAAAUAUCGCAUUGGCAAGGAAUACCAAUUGACUUUUUCUUCGUAAAAGGUCCCCUCUACGUAUGCGAAUACUUUCGCUCGUCCCCAAAGGAGUUCGGUGACCCUGACAUUCCCUGGUCGGAGGCAUCACCAGUGGAAAAAAUCCUCGAUGCUGACCCCACCUUGAAAAUGGUCGCUCGCCUGUUCACUGUGGCAAACCUGAACCGCUACAACUUGUUCGUGGUUUCGGAUCCUGAUGUGUUGGGCACAUUUUCGAGUGAAGGAAGAAGGCGCCUCUAG